GUAUAUGGUAUCUAAAGGAAUCUGAAGUCUUAAUAUGUCACCAGUUACCUAAAUAUUUUAUCUAAAACAAUUAAACAUGCCUAAUAUGAAUAGCCAUUAGCACCACAACAGAAAUGCUUGACUUUAGUAGACUGUUCCCACACGCCGUGGAUAAUUUAAUCAUGAGAGCAGGCAAUCUGCCAUUUAUUUAUCAUACAAAUGAAAAAUACUACGAGCGAAUGGCGUCUAAUAUACACAUGACUCUUGAUAAAAUGCCCCAAAUUCCCAAGCAGGAGCAUAAUCCUCUGGAUCCUGGAGAAGUACAACUCCUGCAAGACUAUAGAAAAUCAUACCUUCAAGGUGUUCGGCAGCUGGCCAUACGAAGUCAAACUACAAAAGACAAAGUUGGUACACUUCCGCUGUACGCUUAUUCUACACCAACAGUAAAGGAGGAUCAUGAAUAUGUC